CGAAGCCGACCGAUUUCCUGGACUGUCCUCCCCGGGCACGGCGAAGCUGAUGAAUAAAGAAGUCCCCGUCCAGUCCUGGCCUUGCUCUUACUACCUGAACGGUGAUCGGCGAUGGGUCCCCGGCCGCCUCUCGCUGACCCCCACCCACCUGCGGUUCAGAGAAGACAACGCGGAGACUUUCUCAGUGAACUUCCACCUGUCCAGCAUCAGCGAGAUCAAGAAGGAGACGUCCACUUAUAUCUUCAGCUCCAUCACGGUGCUGGAGAAGGACAACGCCAAGCAUUGGUUCAGCUCCCUCCAGCCGAACCGAAAUGCCGUCUUCACCGUCCUGGAGCAUUUCUGGAGGGAGCAGCUGUUGUCGCCGCGGUGGGAGCAGGACGGUGUCAGAACCUCCAAAGGGAAGGAACUUAUUAACAUUGUGGCCGGAUCCCAGAAGAGGCUGGAGGACACCACUAGGGUGCUGCACCACCAGGGGGAGCAGUUUGACAACGUGAUGAGUGACCUGAACAAAAUAGAGGGGGACAUGGCCACUGCCAACAGAAUGUUAUCAGUCCUGGAAGCUCCGGCUUGGUGGCCCUUUAGCGGCAAUCCGUGGAAGAGAUUCGGCGGCUCCGCGUCCAAGGCUUCACCCGCCAGUGAUCGGCCCCGCGGGAAGGAGGGCGUCAUCGUAAUCAUACCGAUCGUUUUCUCCCAUCAUCCCGACCACAGCCUGAAGCCGGGGAAGCUGACCGUCCUCCUCUCCGCGCUGGAGAUCGCGGACUGUGACUUUCACCUCCUCCACAGAUACGAACGGCAGGAUGUGGACGACAUCAGGGCCGUCACGGGGCACGAGAUUACCGUCCGGCAGAGGUUUAUCGGGAAGCCGGACAUCACGUACAGGAUUUUAUCCGCCAAGCUGCCGGACGUGCUGCCUCUGUUAGAACUGCAGUACGGGAAGAAGAUGGAGUUCCUCGAGGAGGCCGCCAUGUUCAGUGAGAAAUGGAGGAGUUCUCCGGGCGAUCGGUGCAGCCCGGGAUGGCAGACAGAUUCCUGGCUUCUGGAUACAAUCGUGAAAUCGGGGCCCAUUGCAGGUGGACAGGCAGAGGCCGUCAUCCAGGACCAGGAGGUCUCCGAGUCAGAAGCUCAGGAGCUACGAAAGAUUCUGUUGAAGCUGAAGAACAUUGCGCUGGAUGCCGAGUGCGAGCUGGAGCGCCAGGACGAAGCGCUCGAUGAGAUCACGUCUUCCGUGGACAACUCGGUUUUCAGCAUCAACCAACAGACUCGCAGGAUGAGAAAGCUGCUGUAGAGUCUGAGCGGCAUGAGAACUCGCAAUACAGACUGGAAGGAAAGGAUUGUCUGUAUGGCCUGCU